AUGUUGAUUUGCCGAAGUUGCUGGCUUCUUUGUAUUGGUUUAUCGUCUCUCCACCUUGCUUUUGCGAGUUUGCCCAGUGCGGAAGUGGAAGCCUUGCGCGAGAUGUUUCAAGUAGCCAACCUCCCUUGGGAGGGAAAAGAUCCAUGCGCGCUUCGUCAAGUGGGCUGCGAUAACCACACUGUCAGCACUGUCAGCCAUUUAUUUUUCCCACGGCUGAAUAUCACUUCGCUCCCCGAGUCAAUUGGACAGCUGAAGUCUCUAGAGGUGUUGGUUUUGAACGACAAUCUAUUGACUGAAAUACCUCCUGUGAUUUGGAAGUUGCAAUUGAAAUUGCUGGAUUUGAGCGGAAAUUGGCUGACUUCACUUCCAGAUGCAGUGGAGCAACUGCAAUCACUCAAGUUCCUCCUGUUACGCUCCAACCAGUUGGUUUCUUUGCCCGAUUCCAUUGGACAGUUGCGAUCUCUAUCGGAUCUGGACUUGCGGAACAACAACCUGACCAGACUACCUGAUUCUAUUGGACAGAUGGAGUCACUGAAUGACCUUAUCCUGAAAUCAAAUCAACUGACAGUCGUGCCGGAGUCUGUUGGACAGUUGCGGCGGCUCAUGUUUCUGAAUCUCGGGUCCAACAGGUUGGCUGAGCUGUUUGAAUUAGGGGGGUUGCGAUCGCUGGCGUAUUUCGACAUAGACAACAACCAGCUCACGUCAUUGCCUGAUUCGACUGGGGAGUUGCAAUCACUCCAUAGGCUUCGGUUACAAUCAAACAAACUCACAUCUUUGCCUGAGUCCAUUUCACAGUUGCAGAGCCUCAAACAGCUGCAUGUGGACAACAAUCAGCUGUCCGCGCUUCCUGAUUCUAUUGGAAACUUGACACAUUUGGAAAUAUUGACUUUGAACUCCAACCGUUUGAGUUCAUUGCCUGAGUCCAUGGACAAAUUGCACAUGUUUAAUUUGCAAUUGGAUUCUAAUCGUCUAACGUCAAUUCCUCACCUGAGCGCAAAAAACUUGGUGGUACUGAGAGCUGCCAAGAACCGCCUAAGAGCUUUGCCAGGCUUUGGCAACAUGACGCGGUUGGUAAUGCUUUCGUUGCACGACAACUUUUUGGAAAGAAUUUCCGAAAGCACUGGAAACUUGACACGUUUGAAAGUUGCGUUGCUUCAUGCCAAUCGAAUCCGUGACUCAGAGAUUUGCAAACUCGGAUUUGGUGAUAGUUUGAAGACACUUUACUUGCAUCGCAAUGCCCUGCGCGCGAUACCGCCUUGCUUGAGCGACUUGAGUGCUUUGGAGGUUCUGACCCUACACAGAAAUUCAUUGACUGAAGAAGUGCCCAGAAGACUUGUGGAACUUCCGAAUUUGAAUGUCCUCACCCUCCAUGAAAACCGACUGUACGGUGGCCUUCCGCAAGAGCUUGCGAAUGCAUCAAGGUUGUUUUUCUUUUCCGCACACUCGAACUAUUUGGUGGGUCCAAUUCCACCAUUAAGCAUUCACAAAGGCUGCGUCGACGAUGAAUCCUUCCGCACGGGCCAACACACAUGCUUUUAUUUUUCUGCCCUUGACCCUGCCUCGCCAUUGAGCGCCUGCCGCACCAACCGAGAGGUUGCAUUGCAUUGUCCAAAGGCAUGCCAGAUGUGCAGUACUGCCAGUGCACGGGGUCCUAUUCUGUUGCUGCACCAUAAUCGACUUUCAUGCAGCUUACCAGAAGACGUGACCAGCUACCCCGAUCACAUGCGUUCGAUCACAUUGAUUGGAAACAUGUUGGGGAAUGGAAGCCAUGCAUUGCCGCAGUGGAUACACACUGAUGAACAUCAACCUUUUCUCUACCUAUCCGACAACAAGUCCAGUGAAAUCUUGAAAAGGAUGCUGUUGUUGGCAUCAACGAGCGCAUUGUGCUUGUUGCUUUUGGUUGGAAGCAGUGGGCUUCGCCACAUUUUGUUGUCAAAAGCGGGCGCGAAACAGACAAGGAAAGCACACAUGUUUCUCCUUGAAAUGGGUGCCACUUUGUCAGUUCUGGCUGUAGUUCUCUUUGCCUUUUACUUUGCCAAUGCACGAUACUACGCUUGUAGUAUUGGCUUUUCAUCCUCUACGCUGAGCAAUUUUUCGAACCCUUACCAUGGCAAUGCGUUGGUGGAAUGGUCUGUGGCAGGGUUGUGGACUUGUUGGAUUGCAGUUGGUGCCUGCUUUUUGCGACGUGCUCCCACUCCCAGUGCGGAGGAGACAACAUCCCGCUCGGCAUUUCUUCUGAAAGUGAUCUACAGUUGCUGUUGGUUGUGCAUUGUGGCCCUUUUAUCUUUCCCCUCUGUAGCAUAUGCAGUGGUGAGCGCCAUCCCUUUCAACAAUACCCUGAAGCUGUCGGCUUGGUGGCUGAAGUUUUUUCAUUACCAAGCUGCUUUGGUCAUGGUCCUGGUGGACAUGUUUAUUACCCCCAAACUGGUGGCAUUUUUUUCAGAUGCCACUGGCUUGCGCAGAUCGAUGUUGUUGAUGGCUGCACGUCUGGGGACGAUGUGGUUAGCUGCCGUGCUGAGCACACUCUAUCUGACCACCAACUGCAUGAACGGCUGGACCCAUUUUUGGAAAGUUUGCGAUGAAAGCACAGAAGACUACAAGCUCUUCAACAUCAGUCUGGGUGACCACUCGAUUCUUGAGCCCAAAGCGGACCUGUGUUCAGCAAAGGAGUCUUGGUGGAGUGACAGUGCAUGUCCACGUGCCGUGAUCAAUACCAUGGCACCUUUGUUGGUGUCGAAGAUGGUCACCCGUGCCUUCCUGCAGCCCAUCAUCACCUUGCUCAGGUGGCAAAUGUCGUAUCGGGAAGGAGGGCAGCUCUACAUGUGGCGCAAUCUGAUUUGUACCAGUCUUUCCUUGGAACAUGGUCAGCAAGCAAGUUUGUUGGUGACUUGGGCUGAAGUAGCUUUGCUUUGGGGAGCCUUGGUGCCUGUUCUGCUGCCAGUGGUGCUCAUGGCAACAGGCACCAACAUGUUGAUGUGCAAAGUGGGGCAUGGCCACUUUGGUGUGGAGCACUUGAUGUUAGACAAGGCAUCAGCUGGGAUGUCCCGCAGGUAUUUGCACGGGAGUUUGAGUGGUUUGAUCUUCUUUCAGAACUGGUUCGCAUGGUCCAGUGGCAUGCAUGGCCGGUGGUUACUUCUACUUGCUGCCCUGAUCUACGCCCUCGAGCUGGUCGGCUUUGUGGGGUUUAUACGGUUUAUACCUCAAAAACAAACUCGGGUGGCCGUUUUAGAUGACGACCCUCCAGAUAUCUCCAGAUCCGGUUCCUGCGUUUCUACCCAUAUGAUUUCAACAGCCGGAGAGGAUGUGAUUGUGAAUGCCUGUUCGUGAAGUGUCCAGACAACACAUUGUUGUGCCAAGCAGACAUAACAAGACACAGCACCCCAGGGCGAUCUUGCAGACAAGCGUGUGUUUUGAACCAAAACGCGAAGAUUCCAAGGCAACCUUGCCGAAAUUACGGACCCCUCUGCGGCCUAGAUAUGAUCUGCUGGA